ACAAAAGAUGAGCGCAUAAAAUAUUGAAAAAGAUGAACGCGAUGGAUAACAAUCAUAAAGACAGCGAAAAAAUGAACAGAAUUACAGAAUUGUUGAAAUGAGUCUUUUUUAGCUCAUUAACUAUUAGCUAUUUAUUGUAUUAUUUAGUUAAAAUUUUCCUUUAAUUCGUGAACGUUCAAUGACAGUGCCUACUAUCUGUAUGAAUUCACAGUACGCGAAAGUAACGACAACGUCUGGACGCUCGUCUUUGACAACAGUCGGACAUUGGAAACAACAGCAGCAGCAGGUUCAGCAGCAACAACAGUUGGUCAAUAAUAUUUUGGUACAGCCUAUAACAGUACAAACAGCAAUCGUGGUUCAACCGCGUAAGGUAAGGGCGCAGGAAGCCAGUACCAGUGGCUUCGUUGGCGCAGAAAAACUCAAUCAUCCAAAUAUUGCUACGGUACACAUGACGCCCACUAACACAGAUACGCCAUUGCGGCGUUCGGAAGUGGGCAUAUACCGUGAAGGAGCGCGUAAUGUCAACACAAAUCUGUUGGCUACACCUUUAAACGAUGAUGAUGAGGAACGACGACAGGCGCGUCGGCGCACUAUGUUACAAAGUGGCAGCGGACGCGAGUCCAUGUUCGAGGAUAAUGAGACUUUGAAGAAAUGUUUGGAAAUUUAUAACGGGAACAAACUUAGUAAGGAUAAUGCGUGGUCAUUGUCCUUAAUUGAUACGUUAUCUACGCUACUGGAUCGUCAUCACAAGUCGUUAAAUAACUUUAAGGUGGCUGGCUCUUCAUUAGAAGCUUCGUCCAAAGUUUAUGGACUUCGUGUCGACUCUGUACACACGGACGUGUUACGUAUGUCUGCAGGUCUAAAUGCUCAAAAGUUUGCUGAUCGUCAGGCGCAAAGUGAUGAUGAUGACGACGUGGCAACGGGUGGUGAAGGCAAUGCAGACCCAAAUGCCUCCGCCGCCGUUGUGAAUAAAAAUGGUGAAAAAGUUGCUGAAAAAGCCAAAACCAAGCCAAAACGUACGCGCCGUGUGGUGUCAACAAUCACAAAAAAUAAGGACACAUUAAAUGCACGUUUAGAUACAGUACCGUUACAGGAUCCAGUGUUUGGCAAACUCAAUACAAUCGUUGGUUCAAUAAAUUCCUCAAAUCGACUAAUGAAUAAUAUUUUAUUGACUACUGAAUCUGAGCUACGAUUACGGACAACAUUUCGCUUUUGGGAUGCACAACAGCUGGAGGCCGGUUGUGAUUAUACAGAUGCGCCUGCACCUGGAAAUACGCCAGCGGACACACCAAUGGAUGCAAUGAAUUUGGCACCUUGUGAUCGCUUAGUGCAAAUAAAAAAAAUUGAUGAGUUGCAACUACGACCGCUGCACACUGGUUAUGUGAUCUCCGAUACACCUGAGGCUAUACCAGACAAUAAUGAUAACUCGGAAAGUCUACGUGGUAGUUUAGAUGUACCAUUUGAAGAUGCGCCAUUUGAUGGUGGUAAUUGUGAUGAUGGUGGUGGGGAGCAUAUGUCCAUGGCAUUUGAUAUUAACGCGGAAUGUGAGCCACUACCAUCAUUAAAUGAUCAACCUGCUAUGCUGGAUGUGGACUAUAAUGAUUUUGAGGAGUUGACUACAGAGGAGCGCACAGCUAUAAAUAAUUGUCGUGGCUUGCGCAAAGCACCAGUUUUGCUGGAAGACUUACGUCCGGUUGAUGCAACCUCAAAACUCGAAUAUUCAUAUCGACCACUAGAUAAAAUAUCACAAUUUUGGGCCGGUCCAUCACAUUGGAAAUUUAAACGUGCGCGACCGCGCCCGUCUACGGCGCCGACAUUACAGGGUGUGAAUAAUCAACGGGCUCCAGCACGUCGUGGUCAUGCGCUAAGUAAGAAGCGUUCAAAGCAAUUGAAAUUCGAGCAGGAAUUCGACGAUAUUUUCAUUAAAAUAGAGAAGUACAAAGCACGUAAAGCGAAUUAUCACAAGAAAUGGGAUCAACGCAAGCUCAAAUUACCAACCGAUUUGCAAUUAAAUUCGGAAAUGUUUAAUAAAUUUAAGUGUGCGCCGAGCGCUGUAGUGCAACCGGUUGUUGAGGACGAUGACAUUGAGUUGGCCGGUGGCGAUGGCAUACAUGGUAAUGAUCAUGUCAGCGCAGCUGAUGAUCAUUUUGGCGAUCACGAUGAUGGCGCUUGUGCCGAUCUGGGUGGUGGUGAUGUGGGUGGUUUGAAUAGCAUGGGUGGAAAUGUUAGCAUGGUUGGUGACAAUAUGGGCAACGCUUCGCAGAAUGUUUUCGGCGACAAUGGUGAACUGGAGCCGCCACCCUUAGAUGGUAUCGGUGACGAUAAUCCUGCCAACAAUACAGUAUUGGAGAUUGCAACGAGCUUUGAUGGUGCGCCAAGUCAGGUCACCAAAAUCAUAGUGCCCUUUGCGAAGCGUGCCAAAGUUAUCGAUAUGAAAAAUUUAAAACGUUGCUGCACACAAUUGAUAAAUAAGCAAAUCAAAGAACCAACGCCGCCGGAACAAAUACCGCAACAUCCAAUUAUACAGGAGGAACACUUUGCAGCCGGCAUGGCCAGUUUCAAAGAUGUAUACGAACACCUGCCCGACGUUUUGUCCCAGAAUAUGGUGGAAGCGCUUUCGCCCUCUAUUGCUUUCUACUCAGUGUUGCAUUUAGCGAAUGAUUUCAAUUUACGUCUGAUACCACAACAAAAUUUGGAAGAUUUCAAAAUACGACAAUUAAUGGAUUGAUAACUGUUUAUGCUUAGAAUUGGUUGUUGUUGAUGUUCAUAAGAAUUUCGGUAUAAUGACGAUGGCGAUAAAUUGACUGUGCUGUCCCGUGACCAGUUAAAGAAAUUUCAAACGCCCACCUUAACAAAAAAUAUAAAUAAAAAUUUAAAACUCAUAUUUUUACAUUUGUAAUGAAAGCCCCGUAAAUUCCCAAGAAGUUAACAGCAACAACAACAAUAAAAUAAUUUUAGUUUUUAAGUCACUCUAAUCAUUUACUUAGUUCAUUUUGUUAAGUACACUUUCUACGGAGCUAUAUACAUAAUUUUUUCAUUAAUUUCAAAAAAAACGGACUUCUAUAUAUAAAUUUGUUGUAUUUCAUUUGACUUUAUGACCAAAAAGAAACAUGCCAAACAAUCUGAAAACAUUUUUUUUGUUGCAAAUUUAACAAAAUUUCUCUUGUCAAAAUCCUAUGUUGUUGGGUACUUUGUUAAAUUUUGUAUUGGAACACAAAAAAAUUAAAAAGCAAGUAUUUACACAUACAUACAUAUUUAUGAAGUGAUAUUUUAUUUCAUUUACUCUAUAAAUACAAAUAUCUUUGCAUGUGUUAGCAACAAAACAAAGCACAGCUCGUUUGCAUAUUUGGGCACAAAAGUAUUUACAGUGGUAUAGGUACUUUAAUGUUCACAGCAGGCUAAUUAUGAGUGCAACUUUUCUCUUUUAUAUAUCAAAGUAUUUUUCUGUAAGUGCCUCAAUAUGAAAAAGCGCUUUUCAUGAAAACUAUAAUUGGUAUAAGAUGCUUAAUAAAAAAGUGAAAUAAUAUAGUAUGUACAAUAUAGAAAUACCAGUUUUAUAGAAAGGAGAUUGACGUUAUUAUUGAUGUCAUAAAUUAUAACACUUACAUUUUCAUAACAUAUUACAUUUUCGUUCAAAAGUUGAGCGACAUAAAAGUAGAUAUCACUCAUUAAUUAAAAAAAAACGGCCACAACUCAAACGAAGUUAUUCAAAAAUAAA